CGGCGUGAUCGUCAGUCAGUUAGUUGGUGGGCCGCGUAGGUUGAGGACGCGCGCUCCGGUGUGUGAUGAUAAUGUUGAGCCGCCGUGGGCCCCGGUGACGCCGCGUCUCAGCUGUACCACCACUACGCGUCACCGCUUACUUCACUCUUACUGUGUGUCUUAUUGUUCAGAGUUUUAACACAAUGGCAUCAGGUUUCUUUUCAUUAGUGAAGGAAGAACCCGAUAGUGGGCAUGAGAUGGAAACUACGCCAGUGGCACUACCGCCCACUAGUGCGAGUAUGGGCGGCCACACUCCCCCUGGGAGUGGCGGUCGGCACGUGGCCUGCCCACCUUUGCAGGCAGCGAUGCCACUCACGCCCAUAAGUUCUCGCCAGCCUCCCCUCCGCCGUAUGGAGAUUGACCCAAACUUUGAGCCUGUGGCUCGGUCUCGUUCCAACACGUGGCCGCUCCCGUGUCCUGAAGGUUAUGUGGAGAGUGAGGAACCUGUGGCGGUGCCGGGGGAAGGACCUGUCGUCGACCAGGCUCGGCCGACAGGAGCAAUGGGCGGUCUUGGAGACCCUACUGGGGGUCCGCCUAAAAAGAACACUUCGCGUCGCAACCCGUGGGGCAACAUGUCCUAUGCAGACCUCAUCGCCCAGGCCAUCAUGUCAUCACCGGAGACCCGCGCCACGCUUUCCCAAAUCUACGACUGGAUGGUGCAGAACGUGCCCUACUUCAAGGACAAGGGCGACUCCAACUCUUCCGCCGGCUGGAAGAACUCGAUCCGCCACAACCUAUCGCUGCACAACCGCUUCAUGAGGGUGCAGAACGAGGGCACGGGCAAGUCGUCGUGGUGGGUACUGAAUCCUGACGCCAAGCCUGGCAAGUCCACGCGACGCAGAGCCAACACCAUGGAGGGCGGCCGCUGAAAAAAGCGAGGACGGGUGAAGAAGAAAAUGGAGGUGCUGAGAAAUGGCCUGGACACCACCCCGCCGCCCUCCUCGUCCUUGAAUGAGAACCUGGACAUCUACCCAGACUCCCCUCACACGCACCCGGUCCAUCCCGCCUACAGCCACCUCUCCCCUCAGGACUACCGCCCCCGGGCCUCCUCCAACGCCUCCUCCUGCAGCGGUAGACUGUCUCCCAUCCCAGCCAUAGAGUCCGUAGAGCCGGAUAUGCAUGAUACCCAGGUGCCGCCCAUGUCUCCAGGCCUGGGUAGCUGGGGCGGGGAGUACUGGCCUCACCAUCCGCAUCCCCACGCCCACCCACACCCACACGACCGCUUCGCUGACCAGCUGGUGGAUUCCAUGGACGAGGGACUCAAGUUAGGUCCCAAUGAGUCGUGGAUGGGACAUGGUCGGAUCCCAAACCCUCAGGACUGCCUCAAGCUGUCGCAACUCUCCCCUCACGGCCCCACCGCCCACCUCAAUGGCUACGUCCACAACCACCACAACCACCACCCACAGGGAUUCAAUACGUUCGAAGAAUUUCAUCGGUUCGGGCCCCACACCCCGCACGGCCCGACUUUUCCACACGCGCCCGCACCACACCCACCCCUCCCUCACCAGGACAAGCUACCCACGCCUGCCCGCCCCCAUCCGCAUAAUAACUACUCCCUGACCAACCUGCAGGCCAUGUCGCCGGCGCACAGUGUCCACAGCCUGUCGCCGACGCAGCCACUAGGGGAGGGCCACUACCCAGGGCCCGGAGGUGAAGCACAUCAACCCAACAACUUCCCAACCCCUCCCACCUCACAACCCCAACACACCGCCCCUACCGCCCACUCUGCCUCCACCAAUGAGUCUAACAUGCUGAGGGCAGCAUUAACUCAUCGUGAACAGCAGCAUCAGCAGCAACAACAACAGCAGCAGCAGCAACAGCAGCAGCAACAACAACAGCAGCAGCAACAACAACAGCAGCAGCAGCAACAGCAACAGCAGCAGCAGCAACAGCAUCAACAGCAGCAGCAGCAACAGCAAGCGCAGAGUCACAGCGGCAGCCCUGUGAGCAGCGAGGCAGGGGGCGCGGCGGGGUCGGGACCUACGGCUGCUUCUGGAAGCGGCACCGGGGGGCAGGUGCACAUGCAGGACUUUGUGGACUUCGAUACCCCAAUCCAGGGUGGCCUGGACUGUAAUGUAGAGGAGGUCAUCAAACACGAGCUUCAGGUGGAGGGAAACUUGGACUUCUCGUUUCCUCAUCCGCACCAUGGCCACCACUCCCACCCGCACCUCCACGCCCAGGCUGUGGCUCAUUCUCACGCCCACGGCCACUCGCACGGCCACACUCACGGCCACGGUCACCCGGAAGCCGCGCAGAUGGCCACUCCGCCUGGCAUGCCCUACCAGUGCUCGUCCAUCGCCGCCGGCAACCAAUGGGUACGCUAGUGGGUGGGUGGCGAAAGUGACCCAGCCUUGACUGGGAAGCAGCGGCGUCAUGAAGCAGUUGUCCCUCGGCCUUCACGCCCUCCUUCCUACCUGCACCACGGCCUCCACACAGCGGGGCUCCUCUGGGCAGGACACGGGAGGGAAGGACGGUUGUGAGGUGUAGGAGGACUUGACUGUGGCGGGAAACUCCUUCAAAAACCGACUUGUGUGGAUGUGUGUUAUGCUUUGAACACACACACACACACACACACACACACACACACACACACACACACACACACACACACAAACGGAAAGGCCGCAGAGUGCCCGCCGCUUCCCUACAAACCCUGGGCCUGACGUGCUCCUUACUGCCCCAGCCUGGCACGUACGUCGUCAGGAGCCACUAGGCUGUUUCGUCGCGAUUCAAGGGACCCCAGGGAAGAGCAACAGGGCCAUCCUCCAGUGACAAUCCCAACUUGAAGUCGCUUGGCUUCAGGGAGUGCAGAUAACCCGGGUUGUGGGGCGAGAUAAGGAUGGAUGGCUCGUAAACUUUUCAUCAUAUCUAUGGUUGUGAAAACUGACCGGAGUGAAAUAAUCGAGAGAAGACAAAGCUCAGUGAUGGAUUUGCAAGUUGUGAAUAUAUUGUGAUAAUAGCAAGGGAGGACUGACUGUACGUAGUAGUUCAUCCUAACCAGUGUGUGGACGGCAGUCGCAUGUCCUGAGGGGAGUCCAGGGGCUGGUUCCUACAGGCAGUAAAGGCGGCUGUGACGGCCCGAACCAGUGCUUGCCCCGCCAACAACUCAAACUUGAGAUAGUGUCGCCCUGCUAAAAAAAUAUAUAUGAAAA